AUGGGAGUGAUAUGUCAAGUGACUUCUACUGUGAAUAGAGUUGCCUAUUAUUAUCUUCUAGCCAAAAUGGCACCCGAACUAUUACUGGUUCUUCAAAUAUUAAGCAUUGCUUUACUAUUUCAACCACAGGGAACAGCCUCGAUGGCAAAGCUUGGUUGCCAACAGAAAUGUGGGCACAUGACAAUUUCUUAUCCAUUUGGCAUCGGACAAGGCUGUUGCAUGGAAAAAGAAUUUGAAGUCACAUGCACAAAUGGGUCAUGGGCCUGGCUGGUCGGUGAGUUAUUUGUAUUGGACUUGUCCCUCGAUUACAUCCGUGUUGGUGGUGGAAGUAUGGCAAUCGGCUGUUUCAACGAUUCUGGGACAAAUUCUAUAGGCUUGAAUUACAAGUUGAACCUGAGAUUCAGUUUUUCCCACACCCAAAAUAAGUUUGUAGCUGUAGGAUGUGACAUUUUCGCCUAUAUUAUUGACCCUAAAAGUGCAAACUAUACAAGUGGGUGUGUGUCCUUAUGUCAUAAUGAUACUGCAAGACCAAUUUUGGGUCUUUCUUGCUCUGGUGUUGGGUGCUGCCAAACAACUAUCCCAAACGAUAUCUCCUCAUUUGAUCUCCAAAUCAUCAGCAUGAAUACUUUUAACCAUUCUUGGAGCUCUCACCCAUGCACCGCGGCCUUUGUUGCCCAGAAGGACUUUUCCAGUUACAGGAGAGGAAUAGAGAUGUACCCCUUUAUCCCUACCGUGCUUAGUUGGUCGAUUGGAAACGUCAGUUGUGAUGAAGCUUAG